UCUCUAGGACCUGCGAUGAGUUUGCCCGCCGGAGCCGGCCUCAGCGCGUGCGCGGAGGGAGGCGCCGAGCCCCUUAUCCCCAUGGAGAGCGCCGCGGCCGAGCCGAGCGGCAGCCGCCCGCAGGAGGAGGAAGAGGAGGACGGCGACGGCGCCGCCGCCGCGCCCCGCAGCGGCCCCCCGCCCGCCGAGCGGCCCCCGGCACCCACGAUGGAAGACUGUUUAUCAAAAAAAAUAGAAAUCACCGUUUCGGAAGCAGAAAAACGGACUGGGAGAAAUGCUAUGAACAUGCAAGAAACCUACACUGCUUACCUCAUCGAGACAAGGGCUGUCGAGUCCCAGAAUGAGGGACAGUGCUCCCCGGUGGACUCCUUGUGGCGGCGUUACAGUGAAUUUGAAUUGCUGAGGAAUUAUUUGUUAGUAACUUAUCCACAUAUUGUUGUUCCACCUUUGCCAGAAAAAAGAGCUGACUUUGUUUGGCAUAAGCUAUCAGCAGAUAAUAUGGAUCCAGAUUUUGUGGAAAGACGAAGAAUUGGUUUGGAAAACUUCCUGUUGCGUGUGGCUUCACAUCCUGUUCUUUGCCAGGACAACAUCUUUUAUUCAUUUUUAACACAGGAAGGUGGAUGGAAAGAAAUGGUGAAUGAGACUGGAUUUCAGUUAAAGGCAGAUUCCAGAUUAAAAGCUCUUAAUGCAACAUUCAGAGUGAAAAACCCAGACAAGAGAUUUACUGAGCUCAAACACUAUAGCGAUGAACUGCAGUCCGUCAUAUCACACCUUCUGCGAGUCAGAGCUAGGGUAGCAGACCGGCUAUAUGGUGUCUAUAAAGUCCAUGGAAACUAUGGAAGAGUAUUCAGCGAGUGGAGCGCAAUAGAAAAGGAGAUGGGGGACGGGCUGCAGAGUGCUGGCCACCACAUGGAUGUAUAUGCAGCUUCUAUUGAUGACAUACUGGAAGAAGAGGAGCAUUAUGCAGAUCAGCUGAAAGAAUAUCUCUUCUAUGCAGAAGCACUACGGGCAGUUUGCAGGAAACAUGAACUAAUGCAGUAUGACUUGGAAAUGGCUGCGCAGGACCUAACAUCUAAGAAACAGCAGUGUGAGGAGCUGGCAACAGGAACCGUGAGGACGUUCUCGCUGAAAGGAAUGACCAGCAAGCUCUUCGGGCAGGAGACCCCUGAGCAGAGGGAAGCCAAGAUAAAGGUUCUAGAAGAGCAGAUACAAGAAGGAGAAGAACAGCUUAAGUCUAAAAAUCUGGAGGGCAGAGACUUUGUGAAAAGUGCCUGGGCUGACAUUGAACGGUUUAAGGAGCAGAAGAAUCAUGAUUUGAAGGAGGCACUUAUAAGCUAUGCUGUUAUGCAGAUUAGCAUGUGCAAAAAGGGAAUUCAAGUUUGGACAAACGCAAAGGAAUGCUUCAGCAAGAUGUGAUUAUUGGGAAGUGAAUUCCUCCUCCAAGUGCCAGAGAAUGGAAGCACAAAUGUAGAACACCAAUGUUAAGUUGCUAUAUGACUUGCAUAUAAAUCAUGAAAUAAAUGAGUUGAGUGAAUAGUUUUUCUUUCUGCUGAUUGUAAUUGUUAAUAAAGGACAAAAAGGACAUGUUCUUAAGUGUUUAGCCCUUGACUGCCACGUAUGUGGCAUGUUUUAUAUGUGGUAGCAAAUAAUUCAGGGGUAAAAAAGUUAAUGAAAACUACAGCUCUGUGUUGGGGCAAAGGUAUAGGGAAGGUUAUCCCAGAAAGUAUGAACUGAACUCUUCUGUCUGAGACUUCUGAAACACCGUGCUCUGUACUGUGCAGAUCACUUCCAGAUGCCCGUCUUUUCAGCCCUUGCUGCUUAGAAUUUGUAAUGCUCCAGGGUGUUUUGGUUUUUUAAUGGGACACACAGUUGUGUUCUUGAGGUUUACACCAUAAGAGGACAAAAAAUGAAAUAUUGUAACGCCUAGGGUUCAUAUUUAAAUGCCUUUGCAUGUCCAUAGAGAAACGUGCUUUUCCAAAGUUCAGGUUAAGCAGUCUCAAGCUCCUGAGAUGUUUGAAGCUCUCUACAGUAGAGGUGUUGUAUAAUGGUUUAAUACAAUAUUCUGCAUUUACUGGUUCCCCCUUAAGUUUUUGUACAGGCACUGAUUUCUUAGCAGAUUUCCUUCUGCAAGUAAAGGAGACUGGUGAUCCAGCUGAGCAGCAAAACCAAAGUCAAAGCUGGCAAGCAGCAGGUGCAACUCCUAUUUGGUCUGUUUACACUAGAUGUGAAUCUGGCCUGUGGUGGUGCUUCUCAUAACUGAAGCAGUUUGGUUCUUGAAAGAAUAGUCCUUAAUGAAGAUGCUGAAAUACAAAACCAGGUGGGAUUUCUGUAGUACUUAAGAGCAGUGAUAUGCAGAAUCCACAAUGAGCCAAGGUGUCUGUUUGGAUCUUGUACUGAUGUUACAUUUUGUGUGUGUGUGUGUAUAUGUGUAUAUAUAUAUAUAUAUAUAUACACACCAGUAUUAACAUGAUUUGCAAUUACAGGUACUUGCAUUAAAUGUUUCCAGUUAUCCCAGACAUUCACUACUGUCUAACAUUGUUUUUCUUCUACAUACUUAAGUUCCUGAAGUCUUGUGAGAUUUGUCAGACUCGCUAAUCCUGAAGAAAUAUUUGUAAUAUUCUGUUGAAAAGUGUAUUUAGGUAUUCUGGAUUAAAACAGUGUCUCAGAUUUUGAUUUUUAAGAGAUACUCCAGAAAGUCCUGAAGAGUUACUCUGAUAAAUUAUCAAUAAGAUAGUUACUGACAUGUCUCAUACUGCUUUUGAUUCUGCAGCAUUUCUUUUCUAUAAAACCAUUAUAAAGAAUUCAAGAAUUCAUAGACCUGGUAUACACUACAACUCAAAAUUCUGAUGUAAAAUGUUGGUCACUGAUAGUGUAUGUUAGCUUUUUGUCAAAGCAUAUGACAAUGACGUUUCUGUCUGCUGAGAGCUGAUGUUGGGCAGAAAGAGGUCUCUCCAUUGAAUAUUUACAAAGAGAAAUGUUUUGUUCUGAGAACGGCCGUAUCCAGUUCUGAUACAGGUUAAAGGACUCUUACAUUCCAAAACCAAGAAGUUGCACACCUAAAGUAUUCAGUAAACCUUCUAAACGAGUGGUGCCUUAAUACAAUACCAUGAGGCGCUCAGAGUAGGUAUUUUUCAUGCACUUUGAUUUUUUUUGGUAGAUCUUUCUGGUGCCUCUUCCCACAUUUCACUUGCUGUACAGCGUAUUAAAUGUAUUAGUAUGCCUCUUUUUCCUUGGUAGUUGUACUAAAAUUGAGAAGGGAACAAAACAGUUCUUGUAAGUUUUGUGCCAAAUAAGCUAAAUAAAAUUGCUCUUUGA